AUGUCUCUUUCUAACAAGCUUACUCUGGAGAAGCUGGACGUGAAAGGAAAGCGAGUGGUCAUGAGAGUGGACUUUAAUGUUCCUAUGAAGAACAACCAGAUAACAAACAACCAGAGGAUCAAGGCUGCCAUCCCGAGCAUCAAAUUCCGCUUGGACAAUGGAGCCAAGUCAGUUGUUCUUAUGAGCCACCUUGGCCGGCCUGAUGGUGUCCCCAUGCUUGACAAAUACUCCUUAGAGCCAGUUGCUGUAGAACUCAAAUCUUUGCUGGGCAAGGAUGUUCUUUUCUUGAAGGACUGUGUGGGUCCAGAAGUAGAGAAAGCCUGUGCUGAUCUAGCUGCUGGUUCUGUCAUCCUGCUGGAGAACCUUCGCUUUCAUGUAGAAGAAGAAGGAAAGGGAAAAGAUGCUUCUGGGAAUAAGGUUAAAGCCAAGCCAAUUGAAAUAGAAGCUUUCCAGGCUUCACUUUCCAAACUAGGGGAUGUCUAUGUCAAUGAUGCUUUUGGCACUGCGCACCGAGCCCACAGUUCCAUGGUGGGAGUGAAUCUGCCACAGAAGGCUGGUGGUUUCUUGAUGAAGAAAGAGCUGAAUUACUUUGCCAAAGCCUUGGAGAGCCCAGAACGACCCUUCCUGGCCAUCCUGGGCGGAGCUAAAGUUGCUGAGAAGAAUGGUGUGAAGAUUACCUUGCCUAUUGACUUUGUCAUUGCUGACAAGUUUGAUGAGAAUGCCAAAACUGGCCAAGCCACUGUGGCCUCUGGCAUACCUGCUAGCUGGAUGGGCUUGGACUGUGGUCCUGAGAGCAGCAAGAAGUAUGCAGAGGCUGUCACUCGGGCUAAGCAGAUUGUGUGGAAUGGACCUGUGGGGGUAUUUGAAUGGGAAGCUUUUGCCCGGGGAACCAAAGCCCUCAUGGAUGAGGUGGUAAAAGUCACUUCCAGGGGCUGCAUCACUAUCAUAGGUGGUGGAGAUACUGCCACUUGCUGUGCCAAAUGGAACACUGAGGAGAAAGUCAGCCAUGUGAGCACUGGGGGUGGUGCUAGUCUGGAGUUCCUGAAAGGUAAAGUUCUUCCUGGGGUGGAUGCUCUCAGCAACGUUUAG